AUGUCGAAUAACGACUUCCAACAGGCAGCAAGAACAACCAAACACGGUUUCAUUAAAGUGCUCGAUACAAUUUUUGACAAUGAAGUUUUUCAUUGUGGGGGGCAUAGACCUCAGCUACCAAUUCCUCAUCAACUUGCUCUUACGCUUGAACGACUUGGUUCAAAUGGCAACGGUGCCUCUGUGUACGUCCAAUGGCCUGAUAAGGAUCGCCGUGCCGAGAUAUCGGAAGCUAUGCGAAUGGAGGGGUUUUCUGGAUGUGUUGGGUUUGUUGACGGUACUACUAUCCCAAUCUUCCAACGCCCAGGAUUUGAUGGCGAGACGUUUUUCGAUCGCAAGAAACGAUACUCUAUGAAUGCUCAGAUUGUGUGUGAUUGUGAUAGGUUCAUCACGUCUUUCAUCUCUGGAUGGCCAGGAUCAUGUGGUGAUAGUAAGGUCUACCAGCGGAUGCAGCUCCAUCAGAACCCAUCACAAUUCUUUGAUCAGGGUCAGUAUCUGCUCGCUGAUUCAGCGUAUGAUCUUACAAGAACUACCAUUCCUGCAUAUAAAGCACCUGCGACAGAGGUCCUCAUCAAUACCGAUUUCAACUACUGUCUGGCCAAGGCUCGAGUGAGAAACGAACAUACAAUUGGUAUCCUCAAGUCUCGAUGGGCUUCUUUGCGGGAGAUGUGA